UCUGUUCAACUGUCACCACUGUGCGGGCACCGGCUCCAAGGCAUCUAUUGCACCAUUUUAAUGUUAUAGCACGAUUCUCGCAAUGAUUCGAAGUUUAAGUAAUAUCGUUCGAAAUCUCGGCAACCAACAGCACUUCCUUAUGAGACAGCUUUCCUUGGGUCGUGCCCUAUCAGCUGAAAAAAACGAAGCAAAGGUCGCGCCGGUUGAAGAGGAAAAAGCUGAAGCGCCGAAAGAGGAGAAAUUCGUCCUUGUUGAGAAAGAUGGACCCAUCACCCUGAUUGGAAUCAACCGACCCGAACACAGGAAUGCCGUGAACGACUUGACCGCGGAACAACUCUCCAAAGCCUUUCAUGACUUCGAGAAUGAUGACACCUCCUCCGUUGGAGUUUUAUACGGUGUCGGGGGGUCGUUUUGUUCUGGAUAUGAUAUCAACGAACUAAGCUCUGAUAAUGUGGAGGCCAAUCUGUUGAUGAAAGCCGAGGGAACAGUGGGUCCGACAAGAGAUCAUUUAAAAAAGCCCGUAGUGUGUGGAAUUAAUGGCUACUGUGUCGCGAAUGGUCUAGAAUUGGCUCUUAUGUGUGAUCUUCGCGUUAUGGAGGAGAGUGCCAUCUUAGGAUUUUUCAACAGACGGUUUGGCGUUCCAGUUAUUGAUGGAGGAACUGCUCGCCUCCCCGCAAUGAUCGGACUAUCGCGUGCCCUUGAUCUCAUUCUUACUGGACGUCAAGUAAAAGCCAAAGAAGCGUUUGAAAUGGGAUUAGUAAAUCGAAUUGUCGCAACUGGAACAUCACUUGGACAAGCCGUCCAACUAGCCCAUUCUAUCACGAAAUUCCCCCAAGCUGCUCUCAAUCAUGAUCGGAGAACAAUUUAUGCAGCAGUGUAUGAUUCACAAAGUUUUAAUAACGCCAUUCAGAAUGAAAUUAUGUACACUUCAAAGGAAAUUAUGGAAGAAAUGAAGAAAGGCAUUGAACUGUUCAAAUCUGGUGUCGGAAGAGGUGGAACAUCUCGAGGUAUCAAGGAAAAAUCAAUGGCCGACUGGGAGAAAGAAGAAAUCAAAAUUGAAUUGGAACUCAAAGAAAAGGCCAAAGAAGGUGACAAGAAAGGAGCGGAUGACUCUGAUUCAGAUAAAGACGUCCCCGCAAAAGAAAGUGGACAGAAGAAAAAAUGAAUUAUUGAACAAUAGUUUCAUGCUUUGGAACUUCUCUUGUUAAGUUAUUUAUUUCUGUUAAGCGGAAUAUGCACAUUUGUUUUCUCUUUAAUCGAAAUGUCGAAGCGAAUUAUAUUUUAAGGAAUACAAA